CACAACCAAGCUUGCUGGUUAGAGUAAACAUCAAGAAAGUUGGGUUAAAAACUCAGGGCCCCAGCUGCUUUUCACUAAUCACCGAUCACCUCUCACCAUUCACAAUCAACCAUCAACCAUCACCAACAUAGGCUUUUGUCAGGAAUAUUCAGCCUCUAUAUAUUACCUCACAGAGACGAUGGAUCCCUCCUCACAGAUCGAUCCCUUGUUGGACUCAGCGGCACCCAUACCUUUAUCGACUGAGCUGCUACCCCCCUUGGGGAUUUCACAACAUGCUACCCCUAAUUCUAGUAAUCCGACUGCCCCAAAAAAUAAGGCUCAACGAUCUCGUCGCACCAACGCUCAGAUGAUCGUCUGGCGAUCCGAACAAACUAAGCUCAAUCGAGCCAGGGCAGAACACCGGCAAAUGGCCAGGAUUGUCAAAGAGAAGGCUAAACCAUCUCCCAAGAAAAAGAAAUCAACAACUACCACAAGCUACUUGGAUUCUUCAAAGAAUUCAGAUCGUGGAAAAAACUUUGUCUACGAGGACUUUGAGAACAUCUGUAGCUACCUUGAAAACUCUCAACAUCGAUCGGAUUUGUUUGGAGAAGGAGAGAAGACUAGCGUUGGGGCUGCCAAGCUAACCAAAUCAAAGGCUUUUGAGUACGUCGAGGCCAAGAAUUUUGAGGAGGGAACCGGGGCAGGGAUUCUAGAUAAGGAUGGACCUCAGACCCUAGCUGAGGUUCUAGACGGGAAGUGCCCUUGUUUUGAUCGAAUCGAUGCAAUUUACCGUGAGAAGCCAAACGUCAUCCCAAUGCUUGAGUUCGAUCACUCUCAACCCGCUGCCACUUUACCUCCUGCAAAUGAGCUUACCGACGACGAUGAAGAUGAUUCCUCUGAAGAUAUUAUCUUUGAAGGCCAGAAGAAAACUCAAGCCAAUCAACCACGGGGCGGUGUAAUGGCUGAAGACCCAAUUUCACUGGCUGACCACUCAUCCGAAGAUCAAGCACUUCCAUCUGAGCUUUCGUCAGAAGAGUACUUGCUACCAGACACGCUCUCAUUACCAGAUCUUGUAGCCGAACAGUCAUCAAAAUGCCCAACAGCAACCACUAUCCCUCAUCAACCUGUUGCAGUACGUCUCCCUAGUGCUCCUACAGCAAAGAUCAAGCCACCGCAACCAAAUGUUACACCCCAUAGUCCAGCACCUAGCACCCUCCGAGUAUCCCGCGGAAAUAAGCCUGGCCCUUCAACUCAACCCGAUCCUUUGGCUCGAGGCAGUCAUGCACCUGAGCCUAAAUCAAAGAUGACGUUGGCAUCAUCAUUCACUCAGGGAAACGAUCGUAAAUUCAAUUUACUUGAUAAACAGCUUGAAAUCGAUCAGUCAAGGCGGGGACGGGAGGCUUCCCAAGCGGAGAGAGAACGAAAUCGAGCUGACAGAAAGGACGAACGCGAAUCUUCAAUUAUGGAAAAGAGGCUGAACUUCGAUGAAGCCAGACUCAAACGACAAGAUGACAAAGAAGAAAAAGCAGCUUCGGAGGCCAGCAAGAAGGAGGACCGGCUCCGAGGUGAAAGGAAGGAGAUGGUCACAAGCAUGAUGGCGGAGGGGAGAAGCACCAGUGAUAUUGCAGCCUUGGUCAAAUUGGUUUUCGGCUAA